GCACAGCGCGUCCUGGCCUGUCAGUAGCAGACAGAUGGAAACGUAGGCAUUGAAUUUGGUGAGGUCAUGUAUUUUUAAGUCGCAUAACGGGAUAAAUCAUUCCUGAGCGGCGGCAUAAACAAAUUGUCAGGCGCUACGGAACAUUUCACCGCUAACAGGAUCGAUCGUUUCUUGAUUUGAUGAUAGAGUGGACAUUUUUGGAUGCACAGAAAGCAUUAAUUGAAGAAUUUGCCAUGAACAAAAACAAAAGAGAACGAGAGUUCUACAGCGUAGAUGUUGGGGAUUCAACAUUCACAGUCCUGAAACGAUACCAGAAUCUAAGGCCCAUUGGCUCAGGAGCACAGGGAAUCGUCUGCUCUGCUUACGACCAAGUCCUUGAAAGAAAUGUUGCCAUCAAGAAGCUGAGUCGGCCGUUUCAGAAUCAAACCCAUGCCAAGCGGGCGUACAGAGAGCUAGUCCUAAUGAAAUGUGUCAAUCACAAAAAUAUUAUUGGCCUAUUAAAUGUAUUUACUCCACAAAAAUCAUUGGAAGAAUUCCAGGAUGUAUACUUGGUGAUGGAGCUGAUGGAUGCCAACCUGUGCCAGGUCAUUCAAAUGGAGCUGGAUCAUGAGAGGUUGUCAUAUCUGCUCUAUCAGAUGUUGUGUGGUAUCAAACACCUCCAUGCUGCUGGCAUCAUUCACAGGGACCUCAAGCCCAGUAAUAUAGUUGUCAAGUCUGAUUGUACACUGAAGAUUUUGGACUUUGGUUUGGCUCGGACAGCCGCCACAGGCCUGCUGAUGACACCAUACGUAGUUACUCGGUACUACAGAGCACCAGAAGUUAUCCUGGGCAUGGGCUACCAAGCUAAUGUGGAUGUAUGGUCAGUGGGCUGCAUAGUGGCUGAGAUGAUCAGGGGAAGUGUGUUGUUCCCCGGCACUGAUCACAUCGACCAGUGGAACAAAGUAAUUGAGCAGCUAGGCACUCCAUCUCAGGAUUUUCUAAUGAAGCUGAAUCAGUCGGUUAGAACGUAUGUAGAAAACCGGCCACGCUAUGCUGGAUACAGCUUUGAGAAACUCUUCCCAGAUGUGCUCUUCCCUGCCGACUCUGAUCACAACAAACUGAAAGCAAGCCAAGCCAGAGAUCUCUUAUCCAAGAUGUUAGUGAUUGAUGCAUCGAAGCGUAUCUCUGUAGAUGAAGCCCUGCAGCAUCCUUAUAUUAAUGUUUGGUAUGAUCCAGCUGAAGUGGAAGCUCCCCCUCCAAAGAUCUCAGACAAACAGCUGGACGAGAGAGAGCAUACUGUGGAGGAGUGGAAAGAGCUAAUUUACAAAGAAGUGAGUGAAUGGGAGGAGUUGACGAAGAAUGGCGUGAUAAGAGGCCAGCCAUCUCCUUUAGGUGCAGCAGUGAUCAACAGCCCUCCUCAGCCAACGUCCUCCUCAUCCUCGGCCAACGAUGUUUCAUCCAUGUCCACAGAACCGAGCGAUCCCAGCAGUGACCCCACUAUGGCCUCUGAAACAGACAGCAGCUUGGACAGUCACACCUCUCUGGGUGCGCUGGCCUGCUGCAGAUAAUGUACAUCCACACACACGAAAGCAAACCUUCUCUUCAUCAGUUCAUGUGAUGGGGACGGGUUAAAUGGAACUCUUGUUAGUUUGUAGAGCUGCGCUUUUUAAUGUACAGUUUGUUUUUAUGUUGAUUUCUUCCUGAAUUACAACUGCUGUAAAUUAUUGUGGUCUGAAAUUGUAUCAUUACUGUAUUUUUGCUGCAAAGAAUCAAAGGUAUGUUCUGAUGUGAAACUGUGACGUAUGUCAUGAAAGAAAGGGAUCUGAGUAUACUUUACACAUUGCUGCGAUUUUUUUUUAGCGGUUGCUAAAAAUCCUAAUACUGUACUCUUAGCACUGCAAUAUCAUGGUGAGUUUUUUUAUGUAAUUUUUUUUUAACAUUUGAAAUAAUCUACAUUAACUCUUCAAGUAGAUUUUAGCACACUUUACCUUGGACUGAAACAGAAUUGGAUGAUUCUUGUAGAAAGAAGCCCUUAACUUAUCCAAGUUAAUAUUUCUUUUUUCUAGUCAUGUCAGUGUGAGUGUUUUAACAAGUAAUCCCAAUGGUCUGUUACCCUGAAUGAAUUUAGUUUUUUACUGUAGCGUACUGUACACUGACUGUCUGUAGGUGAUAGUUUGUUGAAUGAGUGACAACAGGUUGAAUGUGAAGUGAAAAGAAGUGUUGAUCAGACAUGAGCCUAAAAACACUGAUUAUUGGCCAUGCCACAGACUGGAAUGAGUGCUGUAAUUGGGGACUGCUACCAGAGACUAAUUUUAUUUUAGUCACUUUAUCUUUUUAAGGUAUUCUGUUAGCAGCAGUCCGAUAUUAAUAGUAUUUCAUUUAAGUGCCCUUAUUCAGUUCCGUUAUUAAUUUUUUUUAUUCUUCUCUGUGGCAGACGCUGCUGUCUUCUGUGAUGCGUCUGAGUUCUACCUCGCACAUGCACACAUUAUUGAAGAUAGAGUUUCAUGGCACAGCUCUUUUGAAAGAAAAGCAAAGUCGAUUGUUCUCUUUGUUUUAUGAUAUUUAUUUCAAGCUAAGAGGCAUCUAUUGUAUGUAAUGUACAUCUCAUUCAAAGGUACUAUUUAUACACAUUUUGUUUCUUUUUUUUGUGUUGUAUAUUUCAUGAAUAACUAGUCAGUGGUCAAUCUGUACAUUUUACUAUAGAUGUAUGUAUGUUUACUGAGAAUCAGGAAACAGGUAUUUGUCACCUGUCAUGGUAACCUUUGGAUGUAUUUGAUGUCUCAAAUUCCUGAACUGUCCUUUUGCCCUUUAAUGGUUGGGCACUCCAGGCAGUAACCCUUUAGAAUCAACUCCCAGAAUGCACUUUGGGGAUUGUGACGCAUGUCCUGACCCUUUCAUGGCCACAUCUCAACUGACUGUUGUGACUUCCCCUUCAUGUGAUUAUCCUCUCGAUCUCCUAAAAGAUAGAACCAAUAGAAUAGACUUACGCAUGAGUUUUCCCGUUGCAAUAGUGCAGGUAAAUUUUAAAGAAAAUCAUUCAGCACCACUGGGAUAACGUUGCAGUCUUCUGAGACUUUGCCCAAACGCUGUCAGCAAAGAGUUAAAAUUGUGUGGUAGGUUUUGGAAAGGCCAGUUGUGUGAAUUUUAGCCUUUGGGUCUGAAAUUGCCUCACUAACAGACCAGUUAUUCAGUAUACAUCAGAAAUGAAAACUACCUUCAACUCCAGUGAAUAAAAGAGUUGAAUUUUAA